GAACCUUCAAAGAAAAGCAGUUUUUUCUGCUCUUUUAUUUGGAUCCAAAUAGAUCACUACUCCCUCACAUACGGUACGAUACUCUACAGCGUAGACAAAUAUUUUCUUUCGCCGCCUUCCAUGGCAGCAGACACCUCUACUUUUCGGACAUUUAUCUUUUUACUGUUCAGACUCCAGAGUAGUGUAUAUUUGUCCCCAUCUACACCUCCCGGUUCUCGAUCAGUAGAGACGACAAUCCUUUUUGAAGCAAAAAAACAACGAGGCCCUCCACGCACGCGCUGCGACAGCAACAGAAGAACUACACUUAUUUACAGCCACUGCCCUCUCCUACCCAUUCCCUAUAAUUAUAAAACCCCACCAUUGACACUCAUUCCUGGACACGACUGGACCCCGAUCAUUCUUGGACACCAACUGAUUUCUUUGUUUUCUCGUUUAACUGUUUUGGAGUCAAACUCGAUAUAUAAAACAUAAAAUGCAUUACCAGGCUACAGCAGAUCAGUACUCGUGGGGUUACCUCAUGCCGGCCGUGAGGAGCAUGGGGCCGGACCCGUUGGAGCGGGUGGUGAGGCUGGCUUCCGAGAGCGCGGUGGUGAUAUUCAGCGUCAGCAGCUGCUGCAUGUGCCACGCGGUGAAGAGGCUCUUCUGUGGGAUGGGCGUGAACCCGACGGUGUUCGAGCUGGACCAUGACCCAAGGGGCAAAGAGAUCGAGAGGGCGUUGAUGAGGCUGCUUGGGAACUCGCCCGGUACUGUGCCUGUGGUUUUCAUUGGAGGGAAGCUGAUCGGUGCUAUGGACCGAGUCAUGGCGUCCCACAUUAACGGGACCCUGGUCCCACUUCUCAAGGAGGCUGGAGCCCUGUGGCUCUGAGUGCGAAAGAACAAGUUAGACCCCCGGAAAGUAAUUUAAAGAUCUUACGCACAGAUCAGAAAGCAGGGAAAGGACUGGCCUGGUUUAGUUCUUAUGAGCCCAAAUGUUAGAUACAGUAGUGCCAUUGAUUGAUUUUAACUUUCCUUUGCUAAUCGAUCUUUGAUAUAUAAAGAAAAAAAAAACUUUGAGGUUUGAGGUUUCUAACUUGUGGAAUGGAUGCUGCAUGCAUGGAUGGAGUACCAGACUGAUUGUAUUUGAUCAUUAAUCCCUCCUUUGUAUAUG